AUGUGGUUUUACCUUUUAUUAACUAUAGCUCUUGGAGAUGACUGUGAUGGGCAACUUCAAUCUCCAAUCGAUGUUCGAUCUCCCUUCUCAUAUUACGAUCCAGAAAUUGAUUUUUACUUUUUACUUCCCCCCCCUCCGUGAGUGAACAAAACCAUUAGAAAAAUCGCUAUUUUUUGCCCAAAAACCCACCCUUUGUGAACAAAAAUUUUUUUAAUAGAAAAAUUUUUAAUGGAAAAAAUUUUUGAUAUAUAAGUGAUAAUUAGUAUAAUGAAAUCUAGAGCUAAUUCUGUUUAAUUUUAAACAAAUUGCGUUUUUAAAACAUAAAUUUUAUAAAUUAAAUUAAUAUUUGCUUCCCAAUUUUUGCAAAUUAGGAUUUUUUUAAAUUUCGAAAAAAAAAAUUUAAACAAAAUUUUUUGUUCACUCACGGAGGGGGGGGAGUUAGGAUCUCAAGACGGUGCAAUUUUAUACCACGAUGGAAGCACUCUCAGAAUCGAUGGAGAUUUUGGAGGAUUCUUAUGGGCAAACUCCUACUUCUGGUCAACUGGGAUUAUUUUCAGAAGUCCUAGUGAGCAUCAAGUAGAAGGUUCUUACAUGCCUAUGGAAAUGCAAAUCUUUUUCCGAGAUCAAUACAACUAUCAAUCAGUUAUCUCCGCAUUUUUCACAAAUUCCUCCCAAAGCAAUUUUUUAAACGAAAUCGGGUUUGGAAACCCUCAACUUAGAGACGCAGAAGCAGGAUCUUUAUUCAAAAUUUCAAGCCCAGUAGAUGUUGGGUCUUUCCUUGGCGAUAUCGAUACAUACCUGUACUACGAAGGAAGCACGACUCUAAGUCCUUGUGUUCCUAACGUGACCUGGAUAGUUCUUACAGACACAUAUAAAGUCUCACAAGAGCAAUUAGGGAAUUUUCCAACCAGUUUGAGAGGACAAAAUAGAGAAAUUCAAGCUACUGAAGGAAGGACAAUUUUUUCGAAUUUUGAAGAUAUUGAGACUGCAAGUGGAGAGUCUGGGAGCUCAAGUGGGGAUGAUGAUACAGUUACUGAAGAUAUCAGCAGCGGAGAAGGGUAUAAAGAUGUGAAUGACGACUUUAUUGUGGAAAAUGAAUCGUAUAAAGAAGAUUUCCCAGAAGUGGAUAGCAUAUAUACAUCUUAA